AUGGCAAGUGUUCCAGUUGUUCCUGUUGUGCUGAUAUUAAGUUUUUUCCAGCAUAAGACAUCGUUUUCCACUAGCCUGGCAAUCCAACAACAAGCUGUAGUGGAUGCACUUCGGCUACAUAAUGUUCUGUGGAUUACCAAACAUGAGCCAGGAGUCAUUCUGUCCUGGAACAAUAACUUGACAAAAGAAGAAACUGAGAAUUACACAGUGAAGUAUAUUUUGAGUUAUAAAUUCUUCAAUACCACUCACAAAAAGAAAGAGAGACUGCAGGAGAAGAAAAAGACAAUACAUGUGGAGUUACAUUCUGGGUUUAAUGCUAAAGUUAAAACACAACUUUUUGCAAAAGAAACAGGAGACAUAAUUAAGGAGAGUGACUGGACAGAGUUUACUUACAAGGCACCUCCAGUAUAUAUUUGGAAUCUUUCAUGCAUCAUAUAUAAUAUUUCUUUUUUAAAUUGCACCUGGCACAUUAAAGCAGAAGCUCCUGAAGGUAUUCAGAUCUUUUUUUCAUACAGACACACGAGAAAAGAUUUUGAAUGCCAGCAAUACAUUAAAAAUGCAAGGAAGAAAAAUAUUGGAUGCCACAUGAAAGAAAAAUAUUUUCAACCAUCAAAAAAAAUUAAUGUAAACAUAACUGUAAGAGAUCUGAUAAAUAAUUCAAGAGGACUGUCUUAUUACAAAGCUUUUACACCUCAGACAAUAGAGAAACUAAACCCACCUACCAAUGUCUCAGUUUCUCUUGAAAGCAGAAGUAUUAAAAUUCACUGGAAACCACCACCUACCAUUGGUUCUGCAAGAAGCAAGUGUUUUCUGUACCAAGUGAAAAUGACAGACCGUAAGAUUGUAGAUGUCACUGCAGAGAAAUAUGAGUAUCCAUUUCAUAAACCAGAAAAAACAUUUGCAGCACAAGUGAGGGUAAAGAAAGAUACAUGCAUAAGAAACAAGAUUUGGAGUGAAUGGAGUGAACCAGUGUUUAUUCCUGUUGAAAAGACAGUGGACAUGAUGCUGCUAAGCCUCACGUUGUUUUGUCUCCUGAUUUUCCCUGGAGGUUUUCUGAUAUGGGUGUGUAAAAGGUAUAGAUGCCUGAAAUUUAUAACCAUGCCUGUUCCACAUCCUUCAGAUAAUAUCAAAACUUGGUUAACCGCAGAUGAGACUCACCAUCAGAAACAAAUGUCAAUGGAAACAGAGAUGCACUCAGAGUUUACUAUGGGAAUACCAGAAGAGAAUGAAAAUGGGGUGGUUCCACAACAGAAGUGUUUGAAGGAAUCUGAAUUAGAAGACCUGUGGGGAUGA